GAUUAAUGUAACAGCCUGUAGAUUAUAUUUGCUCUUUCAUGACAGGAUGCAUAUUUGAGAAACAUGUAGAAAAUUGGGAAUUGAGGUGAAAUACACUGUUAAAUCAUUUUCCAAGAAAUCCUUUAAUUUGAAGGAGCGGCUUUUUUUAAAGCAGCGAAAAGGGAUAGGAGCCGGGAAUUUCUGGAGGCGGGGCAGGGAGUUUAGAUUCGCUUUUAGUCGCAGUGGGUGGCGGUGAGUCAGUGAGAAGGUAAUGUAAUGCUGCAUGAUAGCAGUCGUAAAGGAAACUGUUGCACGUUGAUAGCGAACUCUAUGCAGGUUCCAGCGCUUCUGCUCAAAUAACGAGUUUUGUCAAGUCUGUGCCUUUCAUGAUGCAUAUUUAGUAAAGUGGCAAAGACAAAAAGCGCAGGAUGAGCUGCUGUAGUCGUCUUAGCUUCCUUCUAAUUAUUUUGGGUUUGAGCAUUUCUUGCUGUGGAGCUGUUGAGGAAAUCACUAAAUGUGGACUCAGGUGUUCUCAGGGUCUCCAAUGCAAAAGCAAAAACAUGACCUUUAGUGACCCGGACCGUCCCUGCCGUAAGCGUCUGUCAUCCCUGCCCUCAGAAAUUGUGGAGGAUCUCAAAAUAUUUACAGUGUUGAAAUGCAUAAAGGAGAGGCAAUGUUCCACACACCUGAAAGUUAAAGGGACAUUGAUAAUUAAUGAACAUAUCCGUGGUGUGGAAAUGUGCUCCAUUUCAAUGAACACUUUACAAUACCAAUGUGUUGUUGUGAAAUUCAAUAAACAGGCAUAUAAGAAGUUUACAGCACGUUCUGUAGAAAUUGAAUAUGACUGUUUCAGGGCUGCAGUGGCUGAAUAUACUUAUGUGACACUUACAACAAUCCCUUACUACUGUGAUGUCUUUAUAAAACAGGUGCACCAAGUAGGAGAUUGCACUAAUAAAGAGGUUGGAAGAAAUAUUCCAACUUGCAUAGCUGGUAAAUUAGACUAUGUUAUUCACAAAACACAGAAGAUAUUAUCUGUUCAAGUUUCUGACUUCGUAGAAGAUUACGCCUACAAUGUGCGUUUGUGCCACAAAUGGUUUAUUUGUGAAGAUUUGGGAAUCAAUGCAUUGAUUAAAGUCCAAGACUCUAAAGAGGUCACCUUGCCAUACUCUCAGCUGUUGCCCUGUUUGUGUAUUGAGGGCUGGUCAGUGCUGCCUGAUGCCAGGAGGGUACAACUUUGCCCAUUUAAAAACUAUACAGCUGAACUCUGGAAUGGCAUAACAUAUGAUCAUGUAACACAGGAGUUGGCAUGGGAACUGGCCUGCCCUGUGGAGGUUGGUGUAAACCUCUGCUGGAUGACUGGGAGCAAUGACCAUUGCAUUGAUCUACAAGACUCCUUCUACAAAGUACAACAAAAAGUCAGGUAUUCACGUGUAGAUCCACAUCCAAGGCUCUGUGUAAAGUUUACCACAGAUGAGGGUUUUUGGGUCAGAUGUCCUUUUGCUUCUGGAUAUAUACCAGUUUGGAACAUGAGUACUGAUGGGCAGUUGGAGAAGCUGCAGCUUACGUUCAUGACUCAGGAUAAGGCUGAAUUCAAGAUGGCUCUGUGCAACAGAACUGCACCCCACAAGUGUGAACCACUAAAGGAGCUAUAUGUUACGGCAAAUACAAUUGGGGCCCAUUCUAGGGUUUUUAACUUGUCUUAUGAAGAAUGUGGCAGCAAUUUUUGUGUGCAGGGAUGGCGAACGGAUAUAGAAUACUCUGCUCGGAUUCAGUUCUGCAACAUAAUGUGCAAAUUAAAUUCUACAGGUGCUUCCUCACAGUAUAUCUGGCCAAUUGCAAUCACUGUGAUUUUAUUGAUUCUCGUGACUGUGACGCUUUUUAUUGGAUACAUGUUCUGCAGAGUUCUUCAUCAGCCUUACAGAAAAGUGUUUCUGCAUUCGACCCAAUCGUCCAAAAGAACGUCUGUGGACAUACAAGGAACCUCUCCCUUCUGAAGGUUUUGCCACCUACAUUGAGCUAAUCAAAGGUUUUGCGACGUUCCUCUGUGAGAUGAACAGAGUUUAUUCUAAGCUGCUUGUGUGAAAGAAUGCUUUGGAGCAUCAACAGAUGUCCUAUUAUUUAUUGCAGCAGAAGUUUUCCAUGAUUAUGGAUUCAAAUGUUAUUCACAUUUGAUCAGAAGUGUGCAGAGAAAAACUUCAAUGCUUAGUUAUGAAAAAUGGAAAGACAGAUAAGCUUAAAACUGGAUAUUUUGCUAUUAUACUUCUUGUUUUCAGGUCUCAAGGUUCAGACAAAUCCAUGUGUAGCUAUUCAUUUGACUGGCCUACUCUGAAUCAAGCAUAUGCACAUUAUUGACUGGUGCUUAUAAAUGUAGAACACAGGACUGUUUUUCAUCUUUUGCCAUUAGAAUAGUGAUUUCUUGUGGCUCGGUGGUAGCAGCGGAGAAAUAAGUUCGCCCCCCCCCCUUUUUUCUUGUGAAUUCAUCCAUGAGUCCAGGGGUGAUGUAAAACUGAGUCAUUUAGAUUCUGCAGGGAAAGCCAUAUCUUUGCCUGGUAAAGAGAAUUGGGAAGAUUUCUUUCUCUGCAAAAAGCCAAUCCCUUUUCUUAUAUUCUCCAAAACAUUAGUAACAUUAAUGGAAGUGCAAAAUGUGUUCAAGAUGCUCAGGUGCUAGUUCUGUUCUCGAACCAGGAUAUAUCAUCCGUGAACCCUUGGAGUACUAGCUGUAUUUUUUUUAAUGCGUAUGUAUUUUUUGAAGACCUUUUCUGUGUCGAUCUAUUUGGAAAAAAUAAACUGUUUUAGUGACAAGUGUACAAUGCUCAAAUGAAUGUAUUUUAAGCUAUAACGUAACACAGGACUGAAUUAAUUAAACAGAUACAUUAAGUAUGUAAUUUGUCUCCACUAGACAGCUAUUACAACCAACUGUCAAAAAUAACUUGUGUAACAAGGUUGUAUUUGCUAAUGUGUUAAAUUAAAAAAGAAAUGGCAUUUUGAUAUUUGAAAAUAUACUGUUAAGCAUUGUAUUAUAUUUUAUCUGAACAUCUUUUCCUUUUAGGAAUUUUAUUUCUCAAUGCUACACCAUACAGUGAAACAAGUAUUUGUGAAUAUGCAGCUUGGAAUUGUGCAGUUUAUAGAGGUUUAAUUAAAAUGUUAAGAGACCUCUAUGUAAAAAUAAAAUCUUUAUAUUGUUCAGUAGAGCUUGUAAUUUUUUUGUAUGAACCAUAUCCCUUACUACAUUAAGGAACAGUUUUGCAAAAGAUCUCAAGGUAAACAAUACAAGAUAUAUAUAUCAGAUAUGAUACAACCAUUUUAAUUGACCAUAAUUUGACAAAUACCACACUGAUUUAUUCUUAGACAUAUUAAAAAGUGAAAAUGCUUUAAGAGGUUGUGGUUUCACUGUGGUCGUCUUGAUGACUGAAAUAUUUUCUCUAUCUGUAUUCAUAAACUGAAAAUGCAUUGGUAAGAGGAUGGGAGAGUACAAGCUAAUUAAUGUAUUAACUUGUCACAUUUUUAAUUGUGUAAAUAUAGAAUUCAUAUUACCAAUUUACUAAGAGUAUGAAUUUGAAUCCAUCCCAAUUUAAAAAAAACACAAAUAAAAGAGAAACUUAUUUUUUA